CCGCGGAGUUGGCGAGCCUUUGGGGCAGGACCCGCCGGCGGCGCCCCCGACCAUGGUAGCUCGCCGGGGGGAAUCCCCGAUCGGGAGGUGCUGCUGGGGGAUCUGGGUGCUUUUGUGCCGGACGGCGCUGGCCAGCUCGCUGGUGCUGGAGCCCAUCUACUGGAACUCCUCCAACUCCAAAUUCCAUCCUGGACAAGGACUGGUACUAUACCCAAAGAUAGGAGACAAACUGGAUAUUAUAUGCCCAAAGGUGGACUCUAAAACUGGGGGGCAGUAUGAGUACUAUAAGGUCUAUAUGGUUGAUAAAGACCAAGCAGAUAGCUGCACUAUUAAAAAGGACAACACACCUCUACUCAACUGUGCCAAGCCUGAUCAAGAUGUUAAAUUUACCAUCAAGUUUCAAGAGUUCAGCCCUAACCUUUGGGGCCUGGAAUUUCAGAGAAACAAAGAUUAUUACAUCAUAUCAACAUCCAAUGGUUCACUGGAAGGCUUGGAUAACCAGGAGGGAGGGGUGUGCCAGACAAAAGCCAUGAAGAUCCUAAUGAAAGUUGGACAAGUUCCCAAUUCUGGUGGGUCCCCAAAUAAUGCUGAUCCAACUAAACGCCCGGAACAGGAAGCUGGUACCAACGGGAAAAGCUCCACAACAAGUCCCUUUGUAAAGGAUCAUGCAGGUCCCAACUCAGAUGGGAACAAAGCUGGACAUUCCAGUAUCCUUGGUUCAGAGGUGGCCUUAUUUGCAGGGAUAGCUUCAGGGUCCAUCAUCUUCCUCAUCAUCAUCAUCACUCUGGUGGUUCUAUUGUUGAAGUAUCGAAGGAGACACAGGAAGCAUUCGCCGCAGCACACGACGACUCUGUCACUUAGUACAUUAGCCACUCCAAAACGCAGUGGGAACAACAAUGGGUCUGAACCUAGUGACAUUAUCAUUCCUCUGAGGACUGCUGAUAGUGUCUUUUGCCCUCACUAUGAAAAAGUCAGCGGCGACUAUGGACACCCAGUAUACAUUGUUCAAGAGAUGCCCCCUCAGAGCCCAGCGAACAUUUAUUACAAGGUCUGAUGAACACUCAGUGUGGUACCUUUUGAAACUCUCUCCGGUCAAAUGCUAUCUGUGACGCAGGGGGUGGGGUGGGGGUUAUGAUGGUCCCCUGCGCUGGUUACUGGACCAAGUGCAGUGGAAGGAACAGCAAGUCCCACCCACGCUGUUACAGAAAGCCACUUUGAGAUGGACAGCUUCUCUAGUCUGUAGAAUUCCUGUCUUGGUGCACAAGCGUUUUACUUGGAAGCUGGAAGAAUUUACAUAGAAGAUACCACUCCAAUUGCUGUGCGUUCAUCACCUUCUAAGCCAUGUGCUGCAGGCAUUCAGGCACGUACAAAAAGCCCAGGGAAGAUGGAACAACUCACAGAUGCUAAUGGUUUUAGGCAUUCUGGGAAGACGUCUUAAGUCAUCAAGCUUGAAAUGCAGCCCUGUGACUUUGUGUGCGCUUCUCUCUUAGUGCUUAUGGAUUUGUCAUACAGACCUCGGCUUUUAAGUAAGACUUUUAAUCAUUUCCUUGCUUUUAGUCAGUCCCUGUUGCAUUUUACUUCAAUUGGGUCGCAUUCUGGCAUCCUUCACAUGAGAAUUCUUUCACUCCACAUCCUGCAUCACUAUUGGAAAACGUAAUGUUUUUUGCCAUUCCAUUCUCCAUCUGUUUGUGAUAGCAGCCUCACUUGAAUAUGGAUAAUGCUUUGGGAGAACUUGGGCUUGCUAAGAUGGGAACCUUCCAGCCAGAAGCUAGCUUGUCAGCAGAGUCAAGGAUGUAAGUGGCGUAUGGAGAAAGGGAGAGGGACGGGCUGAUAGAAUGCUACUGCCUUUGGAAUAUCAACGGGACAAAGCCAGGCCAUUUAGGUAGCACAGCACUUUGAUAUCUGGAGUUCUAAGAAGCCAGUUAGACACAGCAACAUGAGCAGCUGAUUAGGGCCUGCACUUGAAGGAAGCCAAGGUUAUUCUCAAAUAGCAACUUGCAGGAGAAAAUAGUUCUCUCCCUCAAAGUAGGACAAAGAGUGUAAGUCAAUGAAUGUGCCUGGAAGACAAGACAAUAGAAGGCCGCUGGUGAUAUAUUAGGGCAGGACUGCUGUAGUACUGUACCAGCAAUAAGAUAUACAGCUUUGAACCAGCUGUAGCAAAAUCUUGGUCUGCUUCAAAUGACAUUUGGGUUUUUAAAGCAGACUCAGCUGCUAUACUUAUCACAUUUUAUCUAAUCACAGGGAAAAAGUGUUUAAGAAAACAGCAACAUCUGACAUUAAAAAAAAUCACAAGCUUAACAGUCAAGAGGGCUAUAAUUCCAUCACUAAAAAAAAAAAAAAGCAUUCACAUCUCUAAACAAUUAUCAGGAUUUUAUUUUUUCCUCCAAUCGAGCCUUUUGACACUCCAGUUUCUGGCAGUACCUCUGCGAGGUAGUCCUAUAUUGGACACUGCUAUUACUGGGGUAUUCUCUUUCAGAGUUAAAGCACAUAUGGUAAACUGCUUAUGGUCCAUAAAGAUGCAACACAUUUAGACACAAGAGAGGGGGGAAAGUACGGUAUGACUGUAUUUAUAAUAGGUGUAUAGAACCCAAGGGAUAUAAAGUAGCAGAUUUUGUUAUGAUGAUUACUAAUAUAUAUCUAUAUAUUGAGAUUGCACAGAGUCUAAACCAGAAGAUGUGAAAUUCGUCUGUGGCAAUGAAAUCAAUCUUAAAUUGUCAGCAUUAAAGCAAAACAAUUGGAUAACAACUUCUUGGGGGGAAAUAGCUUCACUCCAAAAAGUACGGAGAGGAAAUUAAAAUAACCAAGCCCUCUAAGCUGUCUUGCAUAACCAGUAGACUAGGAAAUAAAACCCCUCAAAUCAUGAAAUUAGUGUAACUACAUCACGUAUUUAAACAAAAUAUUCUGAUGUAGUUCUCCCCCCUUCUUCUUCUGUGUUGUGUUUUUCGUUGGUUUUUCCCCUUGCCUUAUGAGAUGGAGUAUUUCAGCUGGUCACAAAUAGGAGAGUUUCAGUAUAAAGUUUCUGCCUGAAGCAUGGUUGUUGUCCUCCCUCCAACCUCUGUACCCUGGGGGAAAUAAAUCUACUUUUUUAUGUGCUAUGCAAAAUAGAUGUCUUUUCACAUAGCCCUGUUACCAUAGCAACACUUCACUUUCUGGACUGGAAAGAACAUGUAACUACAGCAUUUUAAGGUUUUCAAACCUCCACUGAGCACGUGCAAAAAUGUACUGUCAUAGAAAUGAUUACUCUCUGCAUUUCCUGAACCUGAAAAUGAUGUUGGUCCAAGAAGGAGAGACUGAGGGGAGGGGAGGGGAGAGCCGAAAAGAAGCAUAGUUCUGUGGGAGGUUACCAUGGUAACUAACUACAAUACAGAUGCAGUUCUUUCCUAAAGCCUCCCCCUCUGUGAAUCCAUCCAUGAAAGGUUUUUUUUUUUUCCUUGUAAGUCAUUAAGAUUUUAUUUUGGGGGAGGGGGGGAAAUAGAUGGACCUAUUUUUGUUUUUUAAGACAAAAAAAAUAGAGAGUAUGUUUAGUCGGUUGGUUACAUUCUGAUUAUGUACUAAACUUGGGGGGCUGAAAAUAUUGAAUGAAUCGAUGGAGAAGAGCAACCUGCAACCAGUUGGGGGGAGGGGGAGAAGAAGAGCCCCGUGUAUCUGUGUUGUGUCUUGUGCAGAAUAAUGACAAUCUUACCAACUGUUCCUUUAGUUGGUGUUUGGUUCAGCUUUGAAAAGUUACUGUAAAUGCCUUGCUUGUGUUACCCCUUGAUCACCUAACUUUUUGAAAUUUACACCAUCAUGUCUAAGAGUGAAGAUGCUGUAAAUACGUUCAGAUUUACUGUAUAUGGAUUUGGGGUGUUACAGUAGCCUUAUUCACCUUUUUAAAUAAAUAUAAAAUAAAAAUACACAUGGAAACGAGAAUAAACAUCUUUUCUUAACCAGAUUGUGUAUAUAAAGCAACAUUGGUUUUUUAUAAAGUCUAAGCGAGAUGUUUUGUAUAAAUCUGACUUUUGCUAUGUAUUUAGCUACAGCUUGUUUAAAGGCCGUGUCAUUCCCCUUUGCACAGUAUCCUGGAGAAAAAAGAUAAGGUAUAAAAAAGGUUGCCAAAUUGCUGCAUAUUUGUGCUGUAAUUGUGUACCAUGAAUAUUUAUUUAAGAAUUCCUUUGUCCCGUUUGUAAGUAACACAGUAUUAUGCUUGAGUUAUAAAUAAUUGUUUCUCUUUUUUUUUAAACUAGACUGUCAUAGAUUUGAAAUCUGCUUUUUGUUCUACAUUGCAGUAUGCCCCUUCCAGAAAAUCAAAUCUAUGAAAAUUCACAUUCCACAUCUGUUUCAAACUGAAUUUGUUCUUUAAAAAAAUAAAAUAUUU